CCUCACAUAGAGCACGUGUCAUUUGCGUAGGAGAAACACGAGAUUUACAUUAAAUAGUUUUAAACAGCUUCAACGGUAUAGUUUAUCGGGGUAUUUUAAAAGUCGCCUAUUUGUACGCCGUUGCUGUAAUCUAGGUGAUUUGGGAGCGUUUUGCCAAACUUUUUCUCAGCGCUCAACGCCGCGUGUGCGCUCUAGUUUUUGUACAUCUACAUCCUCGUUUCUCGGGCAGACGUCGAGGUCUCGGAGCACGCGCAGUGCGAUUCUCGAGCGGUAGCGCGCACCAUGGCCACGGACGGAGCCGUGCCGCUACCGGGCUUGGUGGAGGAGUUCGUGGCGGGACAGCAGGACGGUGGGGCAGCGGCCGCUGCGGCAGGUGUGAAGGCAGGAAAUUUCACGAUAUUACAGCUGGUUGAAGCUUUGGGCCCAACCCUGACCAGCAGUCAGUCACAAACCCGGGCCCGUGGCAUCCAGCUCCUCUCACAUGUCCUUAGUGAGUGUUCUGGCAGACUCUCUGAAAAGGAAGUUGAGGUCCUUGUUGCCUUUUAUGAAAACAGGUUGAAGGAUGACUAUGUGGUCACGCCACAUGUUCUACACGGGAUCAAAGCCUUGACUAAGAGCCCAGCAUGGCCUCCUGGUUUGGCUAUUUCUGUGCUGAAGUCUCUUUUCCAGGAUGUUCAUGUACAGUCCUUGAUGCUGCUGGAGAGAUCAUGCAUCUACACCAUCCUCAUCAAUCUCAUGGAAUUAAAAGAGGAGGAGCUAAAGGGUCUGGGUGCGGACUUUGUCUUUGGAUUUGUCCAAGCAAUGGAUGGAGAACGGGAUCCACGCAACCUCCUGCUGGCCUUUCAGAUAGCCCGCAACAUCCUGCACAGGGGCUAUGAGCUCGGAAGUUUCACGGAGGAACUAUUUGAAGUCACCUCCUGCUACUUCCCUAUAGACUUUAGCCCACCACCCAACGAUCCGCAUGGGAUCACCCAGCAGGAGCUGAUCCUGGCUCUGAGGGCAGUGUUGACGGGAACGGUUUGCUUUGCUGAGUUCCUUCUUCCACUGGUCAUUGAGAAGCUAGACUCUGACAUCCAAAGUGCCAAACUGGACUCUCUGCAGACACUGGCUGCCUGCGCCUCCAUGUAUGGAUACCGGGAGCUGAAGGAGUUUCUGCCGGGGCUUUGGUCCUCACUGCGUAGGGAGGUCUUUCAAACAGCCAGUGAGAAGGUAGAGUCUGCGGGACUCUCUUCCCUGCGUGCCAUUACCUCCUGCCUGUCUCGUUCCAUCCUCUCAUCUGAUGGUGAUGAUGCCCUCCGUGUCUUCCUGGAUCUUAUUAUCCAAGAUUGUCGACACCACCUCUGUGAACCAGACCUCAAGCUGGUAUGGCCCAGCGCUAAGCUCUUGCAAGCAGCAGCCAGCGCCUCCUACAGAGCAAGCCACAUCAUUGCAGGUGCUGUCAUUCCACAACUGAUGGAGCAGUACAACAACCAGACCCAGUGUGCUCAGCGACGUACCCUACUGGACGUCCUGCAGGGUUUUGUUCAGCCAGCUCAGGAUGGUGUUCCUGCAGUAGCAGAAGAAAGUGUGCUGUGUGGCUUUCGUGAGCCUCUGUGCGAGGUGGUUUUCUCAGCACUGUCUGAAACCAAUGCAGGACUCCAGGUCACUGCGAGCCGCAUCCUGUCUUCACUGGGACAGCAGCCAGGUCUGCUGUCAACAUCCCACGUGGAACUGGCUGUCGAUCACCUCAGACGGCUGAUCUUGGAGGAGGAGGACACUCAAGUCUGUCCAGCUGUCCUGGAAUGCUCCGGCUCUCUGGCCCCCUUGUACCCAGAUGUUUUUGCCUCUGCGAUGAUCCCUCAGCUGAAAGCUGAAAUUUUUUCAGAGCCGAUGCUCAGAGACAAUGGCCAGGAAGCUGUACAUACGUCUUCCCAGCAUGUUGUGCGACAGCGGUGCAUGACAGCCUUGGCGGCAGUGUCCUGCCACCCCACUCUGGUGCAGCAGACAGCCCCUGUUCUGUUGCAAGUGCUGUCCUCUUCACACACAGAUGUGUCCUUCUCCAUAGGCUCUGGAUUGUUCUCAACGGACGACAUCAUUGCAGCAUGUCGCAGUCUGCAGCAGAUAGCUGAGCAGGUUCAGUAUGCGGAGGAAACAGGAUGCUUCUUCCAUGAUGUCAUCAUUCCACACCUCCUCGGGCUCACAGUGCAGGCAGGCCUGCAGUGUGACAACCAGGAUUCAAUACCCCCUCAAAGCCCCCUGACAGAGGAGGCUAUUCUGCUUGCCAUAGUCCCGGUGCUGAGCACGGCCUGUGCACAUCUUCAGUCAGAACUGGCUGCUCUCACAGCCUCCCGUGUGGUGUCCCUCUUCCUGGAUGGGGACACGGUCUUCCUACCUGGUAACAAUUUACCCUUGCAGCCCCAACUGUUUCAGAAAGCGUCCUCGUCAUGCAGUGGGUCCCAGUUGGUGUGUCUCCUCAUGGCCUGUGUGUGUUCCAUGCCCAAGAGUGUGGAGAUCCCCCAGGUGGACAGACUGCUGAGUGAACUGGAGGAACUCAGCUGCACAAGCACUCACCCUUUCUCUUUCACCUUGGCUGCAAAGUGCUUCGCUGGGCUCAUCAACAAGAGGUCGGCAGGACAGGCAUUGGACUUGGUGCUGGAGAGGACGAUAAAAAGAAUCACUUCGGAGCUUGAUUGCAUGUCCUCUUCAUUACGUACGCAGGCCCUCACCCUACUGCUCUGGGUUGCCAAGGCCCUCCUUAUUCGAUACCACCCUCUGGCUACCACUCUGACAGACAAGAUCUUCUCCCUCUUGAUGGACCCUGAAUUGGCCCCACUGGCGGCAGAUGGCUUCUCCCUGCUCAUGAGUGACUCAGUGGACGUGCUUAACCGGGCCUGCCAUGCCGAUUUCCGUAUCAUGUAUCGCCAGAGGUUCUUCACAGAGAACUCAGCCAAGCUGGUGGAGGGCUUCAACUCAGCAGAGAAAGAGAUGAAGUCAGGUUACCUGAAGGCACUCUCCCACAUUGUGAACAACCUGCCAAGGCAGGUCCAGCUCACGGAAUUGCCAGCGCUCCUUCCUCUCCUCCUAGAAGCGCUGUCAUGUCCCGACCAAGCGGUGCAACUGUCCACCCUGUCCUGCCUGCACCCUGUCCUGUUAGACCCCCCUGCGUCACCGGCCCUUGCACCUCAGCUGGAUGGACUUAUAUUCCGCCUCCUGGGUCUCACCACCAGUCCUGCCAUGAAAGUGCGCAUUGCCACUCUGCGCUGUCUCCAUGCCCUGGCUCGCUUCCCAGACCACAUGAUUCUUCCAUUUCGUGCUCGGGUUCUGCGGGCGCUGGCCACACCCCUGGAUGACCACAAACGCCUGGUGAGACGGGAGGCUGUGGCGGCUCGAGGAGAGUGGUUCCUUCUGGGAAGUCCUGGACGGUGAUUAAGCAUAAAUUCUUCCCUCUGGAAACCAGAACAUGAGCACAGAAGUCGUCUCUGGAUUGAAACCUGCUCCCCACCACAUCAGCCUCAUCUUGGGACUGCUCCUUAUUACAAACUUUGACUUUUUUUUUUUUUUUUUAAAAAA